AAUUUUUAUUGGGCCUUUUUAUUUGUCCCCAAAUUAUUCAAUUCUACCACCAUCAUCGAUAUUGAUUAAUUAAUCGAAUAAAUUGUAAACUGGCCGCUUAAGUAUUCCAGACAAAUGCUUUGAAAUCUAGUUUCAGUGUCGUGUAAAACAACUGGUAGAGGUCGGAAGAUUGUUUUCAUUCUACUAAACCAAAAUCUAUCAAUAACGUAGAUAAGAAAUUGAAUCAAGAAUUUUUCAUGGCUAAAAAUAUCACUUCGAACGCAAAAGAAUCGUCGGCCAACACAUCAAUUCGAACGAAUUCCGAUCAAGCAUUUGCAUCAAGCAGCAAACAAAACGUGAAACGUACCGUUGCCAAACGUUUUGUAUUAAAUUCAUUUUCAGAUACAACAUCUGAUCAAUUUAAUUCAAAAUGCCAACAAAAUCUUCGAACAUCCAAGUCUACGUGGCCAACUCGAUCAUCAUCAUUAUCGAACAAUGGUAAUAAAAUAACCUCCUACCUGGAAGAGAUUCGUCGAAUGAUGCACGCUUUCGGUGAUGUUCGUCAGCCAUUAAUCGAAUCGGCUAGUAUGAUCCAAUCGAUUGUUCGCCAUCAAAUGACCAUGCUAUUAUUGGAAGCUCAACAUGUAGCUCAAAUGAGCCAUUCAGAAUCAUUGUCCACCCCACCACCACGAACGCAUAUCAGUGUUGAAGAUUUCAUUUUUCUUCUCAAACACGAUCGACACCGUUUGGCCAAAUUGAUUCGAUAUCUAAAGUUCAAAGAUAUGAAAUUAAAAGUAUUAUCAUCUUCGUUAGUGGAUAGUAAGGAAAAAUCUGCUCAAAAACAAUCGAAAAUAUCCAAGUCACAAUUAGAAUGCUUGUAUAAUGAUAUUAAAAAUGAAUCACAAGCCUAUGAUUCCGACGAAUGGCCUCGCUUGCCCAAUGGACAGGCCAAUGUCUGUGAUGGUGAGAGUAAAUCAUCGAGUUCUUUUGAAACAUCAUCAUCAACCUUGAUAAACAAUCAACCGAAUGCAUCUACUAAACGGCUAAAAUCUUGUCAGGAAAUUCUUCGAUCUGUUAUUCAAACGCCACAAAAUCGUUGCGAAAUGGAAAGAUUACUGUAUCAUCAUCCUGAUGUUGCCAUUGAUCUGAUUGAUGAUUACACAAUGGCUCGUAAUCGUCGACUUAAUAAAUUUACCGAACAAAUGUCAGUCAAAGAAUACCUCUAUUACCAAUCCUGUCGAUCAGUAACAUUUUUUGGCUCUUCCACUGGUUCACAAAUCAUAACAACUUCAAUGUUCCAGAAAUUCCAGGACUGGAUACUUGGUUCGUUCGACGAGAUAGAUCGUCUGGAAUUGAAGCCCAAUUCACUUGGAUGGGAAGUUGUACAAUAUUUCGCUCACGAAACUGUUGCCAUUCUAGUCGAAUUGGCUUUGAUAGUUCGCAAUGAUCAAAACCGCCACGUUUCAAGGCCAGGUAUCGAUGCAGGUCGACCACUUUAUCCUACAACAAUCGAAUCUCAAGCAAUGUCUACGAAACGAUUUCGACGAGAAUCAGUAUCGAUAGGAACCGAUUCUGCCGCUAAAGUUUUCAAAUGUGAUCCGAUGAUGAAUCAGAUUAAUUCUGGUCAUACAACCUCCAAUAACAAUGCGAAUGGUUGGCAAAGGUCGAAUUCCAACCAGCAAUUUAUGGUAGACAUCUUACGUCGAACAUCGGAAAAAGUGAUGGCUUUUCAAACGGCCUCUACAUCGACAAAUGACACGGCAGCUAAUAUCAAAUCAAUCAAAAAUGUCCAAUCAUCAACUCACCCGCGAAUAAGCAAUAUUUUUGGCGCCAUAACACCAGAACAAAUAUUGGAAGCAAUGCGAAGGUUCGAAUCUGGCUCAAAUGUUUUCAAUCGUUUUCAACGUUGUCAUGGCUGGUUGUUUGCACAGAAUCGUCGUAACCGGAUACUCUGUCUGCGAUGCUGACCGAAUAUACGAAAAAAAACAGAUGACAAACGCUUUAUCAUUUCAUCAAUCGAUUCCUGUGAUAUCAAUCAACGAAAUUCAUCCAUCAACCAUCAUCAUCAUCAUCAUCAGAUCAAAUUUAUAUAUCAUCACGUGGGCUAUCCAUUAUUUAUUCGAUUCAUUCAUUCGAUUUUAUUUCAAAACCAGCCCUGGCUGGCCAGCAGGGCUGGUUUAAUUGAUUUAAUUUAUUUUAUUUUACAAAAUCUUACAAAAAAUUAUAAAAAAUGAUGAUUCAAUGAUA